AUGGACGGCCACGCGGACAGCUCUGGGGCACCGAAGCAUUUACUGGACAUCGACGUGCUGUCGGAGCUCCAGCUUUUCUGCAGCCACUCCCAGAAGGUCUUCUCUGAGAGGAGUCUGCCAGCCUACCUGCAAGCCUGGCGCGCCGAGCAGCUCCGGGAGCCCGUGGCGCCGCUUCCCGCAGGCGUGAAGAGCCUUCCCGAGCUGGGCAAUGAGCCUGGAGUCUUCCAGCUGAACUUCCUCUACGCCUCACCGUUGCUUUGUGGCUCUCAGCCUUUGCAGGCACUGGACAUCAUGUCAGAGGUGCAGGCCUUGCAGGGCGUUGCCGGCAUCUCGCCCGAUGUGGAUGUGGCCACCUUUGCCAACCUGCAGGAGCGGCUGCUGCGGCCGCUCAAAGGUCCUACGGUUCUCCACCUCUCGGCACACGUGGCCACGGCAGCCUGCGCCCUGACGGCUACGCACGUGACGAAGCCACAGCUGCUGCUGGAGGAGAUCCUCGGGGCCUGGCGCAUCCGCUGA